AAUCGUGGAUACAGCUUAAACCCUAAAAACCUUAUGGGUAAUCCGCCUUCAAAGAAAAGAAAAAACGGACAGUCAAAUACGACCUAGAAGAUCAGAUCUUAUUAUCCCCACGAGCCAUGAGGAGAGUUACCGGACUCGCUGCGCGCACAAUCUCAUCCUCCGUCGCCAUCCAUCCACGACUCGCUCAGACCACAGUGAUGAUGACCACGAUUUCAUCGUCCGAGCCACCCUCUCCGAGAUUUGGUGGUCUACCAACGCCGUCUAUUGCCGGAGGAGUGGCUGGGAUUGUGUUCUUUUCGGCCGCUGCGGCAUCGUCUCUUUGUCAGGAAGUUCACGCCAAGGAAACCUCGGGGCUGGCCCAGAAAUUCAACCCUAAAGAAGUGGUCCUGUAUCAGUACGAGGCAUGCCCUUUCUGCAAUAAGGUCAAAGCGUUCUUGGAUUUCAAUAAGAUUCCAUACAAGAUUGUUGAAGUGAAUCCCAUGUCUAAGAAAGAAAUAAAAUGGUCUGAUUACAAGAAGGUUCCCAUCCUUACUAUAGAUGGUGAACAAUUGGUUGAUUCUUCAGCGAUAAUCGAUAGCUUAUUCCAAAGGAUGCACCCUGAAAUCUUAAAGUCUAAUGAUGAUGAAGAGACGAAAUGGCGCAAGUGGGUUGACAAUCACCUUGUGCAUCUUUUGUCACCAAACAUAUACAGGAAUACUUCAGAGGCUCUGGAGUCCUUUGACUACAUCACUACCCAUGGAAAUUUUAGUUUCACGGAAAGAUUAGUGGCAAAGUAUGCAGGAGCAACGGCAAUGUACUUUGUGUCAAAGAAACUGAAGAAGAAAUACAACAUUACAGAUGAACGUGCGGCUCUUUAUGAAGCUGCUGAGACAUGGGUUGAUGCCCUGAAAGAGCGUCCAUACCUUGGUGGGUCGAAACCUAAUUUAGCUGAUCUCGCAGUAUUUGGUGUUCUGAGGCCGAUAAGGUACCUUAGAUCGGGUAAAGAUAUGGUGGACAACACACGCAUAGGCGAAUGGUACUCACGAAUGGAGAACACAGUUGGAGAGCCUUCAAGGAUCAAAGAGUAAAAGAUCUUUGCUCUACAUCUCUAGUGAAAAUAUGAAUUGCAUAAUGUAUCGCUGAUUUCACGGCGUAACAAUUUUAAGCUUUAGGACUAGAGAAAGAAAAAGAAAAACAAAAGGAAUAAACAUCUCUUCUUGUGAAUGGGGGAUUUAAAGUACUGUGCAUGCCUGGUUUGGUCACUACUGCUAUUGCCAAAAAGUCGUUUCUUUGA